AUGUCAGGAAUAGAUGAGCUCCGUGGGAAAGCUGUUCAGCAGGCUGAAGUUCAUUCGAAAGCUCGAGUAGCUUCCUUGCGAGUUCAGCUGAGGGAGUUGCUGAAAAGGGACUUCCGAGACAUCAUCAGAAAUCCAACGGUGCAAAUCAUAAAGUUUUGCAUGACCGUUUUCAUGGGGCUUAUAAUGGGCUGUGUGUUCUUCCAAGCUGGUGCGGAUGAGUCUGAGAUAUAUUGGCUCACCAACCGUGGGAGGUUCCAGUCCUACUAUGGUGGAAUAGUCAUUACGUGUGUGGCUGCUAUGAUGGGAUCAGCUCAGACGACCAUCCUGAGGUAUCCGGAUCAACGUGCUAUUUUUGUGAGGGAAUACGCUAGCAAUAUGUAUUCCUCUAUUCCUUAUGUGCUAUCACAGACUCUACUGGAAGUGCCAAUGGCAUUCAUAGAGAGUGUUAUUCAGAUCAUCAUAGCUUACUUCAUGCUAAACUUUCAAGGCAGUUGGAUCUUAUGGGUUUUGAGUAACCUUCUUAUCAACUUGGUAUCGGCAUCCUUCGCCCAGUUCCUCGGUGCUCUGGCUAACUCUGGCGCCCAAGCAAUGCAGUUUAUGCCGCUCAUUUUGGUCCCUCAGAUGAUCUUCUCUGGUUUGUUCACUCCUAUAAGUGAAAUACCGGUGUGGUUACGAUGGUUGCAGUAUUUGAGCUUCCUCAAGUACACUGGUUCCUUGGCAUACUUCAAUGAAUUCGGCUUCGAUAUGACCCUCCUGAACGAGGCUAAUGACAUCCAUGCUGAUCUUGUUGGGUUGUACAUCGGUGUUUUGUUGGCAAUGCUCAUCAUACUGCGCAUCUUGGCGACUGUGAUUCUGAAACGUAAGGCUCG